AUCCCACAAUGCCCAGCAGUGGUGAUGUCACGUCAAAAUGGCGGCCUCCGACAUCGACGUGAAAACUGUAAAAAAGUUGCUGGAGGAGAGUCUUUUAAAACUUGGAUUUGAAGUAUACACGUUAAAGGUGGGUUGGUACAACUCUGUGUUGCCUCCCAAGCUGCACCUGCCUCAUCCGGAUGACUGCUUGGCCGUGGUGGUACUCAGCACCCCCUCCAUGUUCGAGCACGCCUUCCUUCCCUUCAUGGAGGAGAGAGGCUCCCAGGGACUCUCUGACCCCAUUGACCAAUGCGUCAAACACUGUGUCACCUCUGUCCUCUCGCAGAGCUUUCCCGGACUGAAGGUGGACGUGAGGUUCGACUACGAACUGCUGCCCACCAGAAAGCCAAAGUUCUUGGCGCAGACCGCCGCACAUGUUUCAGGAGCGGCUUUCUACUACCAGCAGUCUGACGUCAGCGACCAACCCUGGGCUAACAAAAAGAUAUUCGGUGUGUGCGUGCAUCCCAGGCUGGGAGGCUGGUUUGCCAUCAGAGCUCUGCUGGUGUUCCAAGACAUCAAAAUGAACCCGGAGGAGCUGCAACCCGAACCUCCGGACUGUGUGCCCUCUAGGGAGGCCAGGAUUCAGCUGCUGGAAGAUUUCAACUUGCGCUGGCAGGACUGGAGCUACAGGAACAUCAUCACUCCUACGGUGACUUACUCCAAGAAACAGCAGGACUAUUUCUCCACACCACCUGCCCAGCGACACACUCUGCUCAGGAGUUGGGGUCUCCUGCCAGAGUUGGACGACGCGACCUCUCACAACUCAAGGGAGUAGGCUCAGGUGAACGGACACGGAUGAGGUGCGAAGGCAUUUUCACUCAUCUUGGUUAAGAUGGACCCUCGCAAAAAUGGCUUACGGUCGUGAUUAUCUCUUUUUUUGAAUGUGGAAGCUGACUAUCAAUAGAUCAUUUAUGCCUUUUUUGCAAGUUUAUGUCAUUAUGCACCUCUAACAACCUUUAAAGUUGCAAGCCUGUACAUAGAGUAUAUACUGUUUUUUGCAAAUAUUUUAUUUUACUUAUUCAAAGGAAGCCUUGAUUUGCAAAUUUGGGGAGUAUUAUUAAGCUAUUUUACAUGAACACUGUGUAGUAUUACAAUUCAUGUGAAAGUAGAGUUUAAAAUCAUAUUAAAAAGAACGGGGCAGCACUGUGCCUAGUGGUUAGCACGUCUGCCUCAUAGUCCUGAGGUUCGGUGUACGAGUCUGGGCUUUGACAUCCCUGUGUAGAGUUUGCAUGUUCUCCCUGUGCUUGAGUGGGUUUUUUAUCUGGGUACUCUGGCUUCCUUCCACAUCCUGAAAACAUGCAUGUUGGGUCAUUUCAGGUUGAGCUAAUACGGUAUAUACAGGUAUUACUUCAUGAAGUGCAAAGCAAUGUGUAAAAGGAACUUUUUAUUUCCACAUAUUUGACUUCCCAUCAGACAUUUUUUUUAUGUUGACACUACUAUAUAAAUGAUUGUUGUUUGUGAGUCAUGUUUUCUCAAAGCUCCAGUUGAGAGGUUUAGCCUCCAUUCACUCCACAUGGUUGCAAUUGCCAUUCUACUGAGGAAAAAAAAUGGACAUCUUUUAAAAUAAAUC